AUGUUUUUCCAUUCAACGGCACCCAAUUACACCCUGAAGGGCAAGAAUCUCCUCAUCCCUGUGGUGUCUACCGCAAACCUCCCCCAACUCGCCGCUGACAUCUUGAUCGCGUCACUCUCCUUGCAACUGGUAGGCAUAUUCGAUCCACAGUAUUUUAUUCCUGCAGUUGGAGCCCGCGAUGAAGGCCAAGAAGGAAUAACUACCCCCUUUGAGUUAUUCGGACGCGAUGACUUAAAUGUUGCUGUGAUCCAGCAACGAUCUCCUGCACUGAAGUCUAGAAAACAAGAUUUCGUCGAUGAGCUUCUUGCUUUUGUACAAGCAUCUGGUGUCCAGUCGACACUAUUCUUGUCUGGCGUUGAUUUAUCCAACCGCACAGACAGCCAAAUGAUGAUACCGCUUUACCAUAUUUGUCCAACCCACGCGCCGGCAUUCACUAGCGAGCCUCUUUCUCGCAUCACCCAGUUCCACAUCCCCUCGUAUGCCUCUUCAUCUGAUGCCAUUUCGGAGAAGGAACCAAUUCCCUUCAUUCCUGGCGGCGGGUUGACUCGACGAAUAUUAUCGUCGAUUCCGACAUCAUGGUCCAUUCCCGUUUGCGCCUUAUUGCAAUUUGUGCUCGAAGGGGACAACAGAGCGGAUGCUCGGAUGCUUGCUUCGGCUAUAGCUAAAAUACUCGAUGUCGACACGCGAAUUUCAGAGUGGCAGGAGCCAAGUAGCUGGAAGCAGGGGCUCUUUGGAGGGCCUCAUGAUCAAACAUUGUAUGGUUAA